CUGAAGGGUGUGGUCAGAGAUCGGCUGAUGAGGAUGACCGACGGAGACAUGGAGUCAUCACGCCGAUGCAGGAUAUUCCAGAUGAGCAUGGCGGCCGCUAGUGUGGCAAACAAGCAAGCGGCGAUGUUAAUGUAGCAGUCGUAGGACAGGUAGAGGAUCUGAAUCAUUGUAAGGAAGAUCCAGCUGCAGAUGUCUAUAAGACACAACUGUGCCAAUGUGGGUGUCACUUCCUGAAAGACAAUCCUUCACUGUGUCCAUCCGUUUCCUUUUUCUAAAUCAGGGUAGAUGGACAGACGUGCCAGGCUGCAUGAUACAGCAGUGAGGCGGUGUGGGAGAACAUGGUACGGAUGUGUGUGAAGAGUCGCCGUCUGGACGUGGUGUGCGUGUGAAAUGAAUCAUGUCAAAUGGCAUGCUGGAGGAUGCAGAGCGUUUGUAUAAGUCAUGCAGGAGGUUUGGUUUAUUGAAUAAGUUAUAUCAGGCGACUGGUCAGUGGCAGCAGGCGUUGGAGGGGGUUAGAAACACACGACCGCAUUCACCUCGAACCACUUAUUACAGCUACGCCAAACACCUGGAGGCCGUGAGAGACAAGAUCCUAGCGCUGGUGUAUUUUGAGAAGUCAGACACACAUCGGUUUGAAGUGCAGAGAAUGCUGAUAGAGGACAAUCUUUCACUGGAGAUCUACAUCAAUCAAAUGAUGACACUGUUAUCUAGGAAACAACCAAGAGGCGAGUGAGAUAACCAAUGAGACGGGCAACAGAGCAGAAUUACUUUGGCACUGUUUAGCAAUCCAGAAGACAUGAUGGACACAGCAAUAUAUUAUAAAGAGAAAGCAACUCAUGUGGGCCGAGCUGUUAUGCUUUAUCAUGAGGCAGGUCAUGUGUCUAAGGCUUUGAAGCUAGCUUUUGCCAGCUGAUCGCAGAGGACCUGAAUGAAAACAGUGACCCUGCCCUACUAGCACAGAAAGCUGUGGAAUAGUUGGUGGCUGCCAAAAAGGUGCUCCAGUUGUGAUUGGACCAGAGUUUGACCAUCACAGAGAGUCUGACGGUGCCAAAAGACUCGUCCAAUCUGUCUGAGGCCGAGAGAAAGGAGCUGCUGGAGAAAAUUACGACUUAGCCACUGAGAAAUACACACAAGCUGGAAACAAGAUCAAGUUUGCUGUUUCUCAGGGUGAGGAUCAUUAUGAACGCCCAUGGAGACUCGUGUUUAUAGAAACCAGACAUAACACACGUCUGACAGCUGCAGAACAUGGACUUGAGCAAUAAACACAGCUCAACUAACCAACUUCAGGAGCAAACUCACUCUCUGACAGACGAAAAUGUGCAGCUGCGGGAACGAAAUGAAGCGCUGUUUAAUAAGCUUGACUCGGUCCAGAACAAACUGGGCCAGCAGGCUGCGUCAAAAAGUGACCUGUCAAUCAAACUGGUCCAGUGUGAGGAAGACAAACUGAAGAUAUCAAAAGACCUCGUUGAUGUGCAGAUUGAGGCUAAUAAAAUGAGAGAGCGGUAUGAAGCGGAGAUCUUUGAACUGAAAAACAUGGUUCUGUCUCAGGAGGGCACCGCCUCGUCUCUUCAGACAGAGUGUGACCGGCUCAGACAGGAAGUGUCAGCAGCAUCGGCACACUUAGAAGUCAUCGAGCGAAGUGAGCGUGACCUGGCCGAAGAGUACGGCGUGCUAAAGAGCAACUUCCUGUCUCUGAGCAGCGCUUAUGAAAGAGAACACACACACUCCAAGGAGCUCAGCGCCGAGCUGCUCGCCCUCGCACACACACACGACACGCUCCUGCAGGAGAGAGAGCGCACACACAGACACACGCUGGAGGUGGAGAGGGUUCGAGCAAUGCUCAGCCGGACGUCCCAGAACAGAGUCAGGCCUGAUGAGUUCGAACAGAGCAAAAGCCAACUGGAAAAAAACGGAGUGCAGAAUAACUUGAGAGAUGAGUUUGAGAAACUGAGGAAAAGCUACGAGGAACGCCAACGACAGCUAGAGGAGAAAGUUGUGGCCAUGGGGAGGGAACAGCAGGAGAAUAAGAGAGCCAUUCAAAGCACCCAACAUGAGCUGUCCCAGCAGUCUGCAACGCUGAUUAUUUCUCAACAUCAGCUGAAAGAUGCUGAAGCUGAGGUUUCUAAACUACAAAAUCAUCUGAAGGAGCUCAACAGAGAGUACAGGGCACGACUCACACGCUACAUUCAGGACGUUACAGUACGUGUACAAGCCAACAGAUAUAUGGAGUGUCUCACCGCAGCUGGGGAGGGGGAUUUGGGACAGAAGUUGAAGGGGUUUGUUGAGUCCAUGCUGGAGGAGGUGAAAACAUCGUAUCGCUCCAGAGAGGAACAGCUCACUAAAGCCGUCAGAACGUAUCGCAAACGCAUGCAGGGUCUGAGCAACACGUAUCAACAACUACUCAUUGCUUACAGACUGCAACGUGAGCAGAUCCUGGCACUCCCUGAACACACUUUAGAGGCCGGACCCCCUGAGGCCCACUUCAGUCCCGCGGGGGCCGAACUGAGAGGAGAGACCGAGAGAGAACUACACAGACUGAGAGAGGACAAAGCCCGCCUGGAGAGCCAACUGAAACUGGCUCGAGAACAGAUGGCUGAAUCUUCUCAGAGCAGGGUUGGACUAACGCAAGACAACUGGAAUGAUGUUCAGAAGCAGAUAAGAGAAAUAACCAGCUCCACACAGGAAGCUCAAGAGAGGGAGCGCGCCCAACUGAUCACAAGGGCGACGGUUGCAGAGGAGCAGGUGUCUGAGCUGAAGGAGUAUGUGGACAAUCACCUGGGCAGGUAUAAACUGGAGAUAACGCGGCUGCGCAGGCUGCUGGGAUCACAGGAGGGAAGAUCAAAUAGUGCAAGAGCCUAUAAGCCCCGCCCACUUCACAAACCACUCAAAAGCAGCAGUUAUGAAAUAUAAUGCAGCAGUGCAUAAGCCCUGCCCACUCCAUAAAUGAAUCAAAGUCAGCAGUUUUUAAAUAUAGUGCAGGUCUUCAUAAGCUACGCCUGCUUCAAAAGUCUCUCUAAAAUAGCAGUUAUCAAAUUAUGUGCUGCUAUCUAUAAGCCCCGCCCACUUUACGUGUCACUCACGAACAGCAGUUGUUAAAAUAUAGGACUUAACAAACCCCGCCCACUUCUGAUGUCACUCCAGAGCAGCAGUUCAGAAAUAUAGUUGGCAGCAGUGCAUAAGCCCCGCCCACUCCAAAAAUCAACCAAAAACAGCAGUUUUUUAAAUACAGUGUAGGACUUAAUAAGCCUUCCUCACUCUGUAAAUCAGUCAGCAACAACUUUUAUGAGAUAUAGUGCAGUACAUAAGCUCCGCCCACCCUGUAAAUCCAUCAACAACAGAAGUAACGAGAUAAACCACUGAAAUAUUUUAGACAUUUUUGCAGCCUGCAGAAAAACAUGAUUUGGUUAGUAAUUUCAGCUCAUGAUAUGAAACUAAUGGUGUGAUAAGCUUUCUUAGGCCAGAAGACAUGAAAUGUCAUUUAAAUCAUUUCAUUUUAAAACUAGAAAAAAAAUUAUUUUGUUUUGCAUAGAAACACCUUUAUUAUGUCAAGGUGUUUUUUUUCAUGAUGGGGUUUAUUGAUUUGCAUGCAAACCAUAAAACAGGUUUAUAAAAUAGAUUGAUUUUUGAUCAUUAUAAGGGUUUUGUUGUACAGUUAAAUCAUCAGAAUGAACCAACACCGCAAUAUGACUUUUACUCCGUGUUUCAAUCCUUAAGAAACGUGUGUGUCUGUGUGUGUGUGUGUGUGUGUAACUGAAUUUGCUCUUCCUUCCUGAGAAACUAUGUGUGGAAUGUUUGUGAAGCUUAUGUCAAUGUAACGGGCUGCGAGAAUGAAAGGCUGCUGACAAUUAAUUGUCUGAUGGGUAAGAUAAUUUCAUUACAGAGCUUGUAGUUCACACACAUGCUGAUCUCUGGGAAACACACGACACUAAAUGUGACAGACAUGUUAUUUGUACACGUAAUAAAUCAAUUGCUGUGGUUUCAGUCG